AUGGUCUCGAAUGGACGUGCCCGGCCGGACCUGCGGGGAGCUGCGCUCGCAUCGCGCUGCCGGGUCUCUGUCGAGGCUGUCUAUGACGAAAAGGAUUAUAGAAGAGUAAGAUUUGUUGGACGACAAAAGGAGGUGAACAAGAACUUUGCGAUUGAUUUAAUAGCAGAACAGCCUGUGAGUCAAGUUGAAAGCAGAGUGAUAUCAUGUGAUGGAGGUGGUGGAGCUUUGGGUCAUCCUAAAGUAUACAUAAACUUGGACAAAAAUACAAAGACGGGAACAUGUGGCUACUGUGGACUUCAGUUUAAACAGAAACAUCACUGA